UGCGAUUUCUCGUGCGAGUCAGCAAGAGAGGAAUUGUAACCGUAAUAACUUAGAGAAGGGGUGUACGCCCCCGGUUACUUGGAUACAGUUGUGGUUAUUAUCACAUUUUGACAAUAAACUUUGAAUCGGUGCUGCAUGGUUUUGAAAAUAACAUUUUAUCGAUAUGGGAGGGUUGCUCAGUUAUUUUCGUAAUCUGUUAGGAAGUCGAGAAAUGCGAAUAUUAAUUUUAGGCUUGGACGGAGCCGGUAAAACUACGAUUUUAUAUAGAUUGCAGGUCGGUGAAGUGGUAACUACGAUACCUACAAUAGGAUUUAAUGUAGAACAAGUUACAUAUAAGAAUUUAAAAUUCCAAGUAUGGGAUCUCGGAGGGCAAACGAGUAUACGACCAUAUUGGAGGUGUUACUAUUCUAAUACGGAUGCGAUAAUAUACGUGGUUGACUCUGCAGAUAGAGAUAGAAUAGGCAUAUCAAAAGAUGAACUAAUAUAUAUGCUAGGGGAAGAAGAAUUACAAGGUGCCAUUCUGGUAGUACUGGCAAACAAACAAGAUAUGGCUGGUUGUUUAAGUGUCGCAGAAGUGCAUCAAGCUCUUGGAUUGGACGCGCUUAAGAAUAGAACAUUCCAAAUAUUUAAAACUUCAGCAACUAAAGGAGAAGGUCUUGACCAAGCGAUGGAUUGGCUGUCAAACGCGUUACAGAGUAGAAAAUGAUCGACAUUACAUCAUCAUCAUUUUUCUUACUCAAGCCUUAUAAAGAGACUGGUCGUAUGACUGUCACUUCAAAUAUCCCACGUAAUUGGGAAGAGCUCAUUUGUGUUUAUUUAUUCAAAUAUUAUUAUAUUUUAUAAAUACCUUGCAUUUUUCGCAUAUAAAAUUGACCAUACUUUUCAUAAUAGAUAGGACAUAAUAGAUGUCAGAAAUUUUAUCUUUCUUACGAAUCAAGAUAAAAGCAACAAAACAAAAAACAUUAAACAAA